AGCCUCGACCUGGCCCUCUCUCGAAUCAAUCCACCUCUCGAGCUCCUCCUCCUCCUCCAAAUCUCAAGCGAGCACACCGCGCAAGUAGCACCGCUUCAGUUUCGGUUUCAGAGCUCCGCUUCAGUCAGCUGACAUGCCUGCCCUCGCCAAGCCCGCUGCCCGCCCCGCCAAGCCCGCCGCCGCGGCGCCGAAGCCGAAGCCCGCCGCCGCCAAGCCCAAGGCGGCCGCCGCUGGAGCCGCCCACCCGACCUACUUUGAGAUGAUCAAGGAGGCGAUCGCGGCGCUCAAGGACAGGACCGGGUCGAGCUCGGUCGCCAUCGCCAAGUACAUCGAGGAGAAGCACGGCAAGGCUCUCCCGCCCAACUUCAAGAAGAUGCUCUCCGUCCAGCUCCGCGCUUCCGCCGCCAAGGGCAAGCUCGUCAAGGUCAAGGCCUCCUACAAGCUCUCCGACGCCGCCAAGAAGGACUCCCCCAAGGCCAAGCCCGCGGCGAAGCCCGCCAAGGACGCCGCCAAGCCCAAAAAGAAGGCGGCCGAGAAGCCCAAGAAGACGGCCGCCGUUGGCACCAAGCGCAAGGCGCCGGAGAAGAAGAAGCUGGUCACCAAGGCCAAGAAGUCGCCGGCUGCCAAGGCCAAGGCGAAGCCGAAGACCGUCCGCUCCCCGGCCGCCAAGAAGGCCCGCAAGGUCGCCGCCGCUUGAUCUUGAUGCGAUAGCUGGUCUUAGGAGUGCUUGGUGUUCCAAGGGUCUGUACAAAAGGAUGCCUCAUCCUCCCUUGUUUAGGUUUCGGUUCUGCUAGGCAAGUUUAUGUAUCGUGGGUGGUGUUUAGUGUAAUGAAAUGGUUGUUUUAGAGA